AUGGUAAUGGCGCACCCACAGCGACCGAAAACAAAUCAACGGAUCGGCCAAAAUCGCACAACACACGUGGAAAAUUCGGCGCGUAUGUCCGCACUCAACAGAGCAUAUACGGAACGUCGGAACGAGACGAGAGCGACUCUUGGACUGGAUUACAUGUCGCAAAGGUUAGUUAGAGCUGCGAUUACGACACCGGCAGUGACGACGAUUGUCGAAGCUUGUCGUGAUCUAGCUGGACUUUGA